AUGGCUUCAUCAAGUGCCACGAUCGAUGAUCUGGAUGCAAGAUGGGGAGAGUUUCAUAUUGCAGAAGAAGAUGGACAGGGGCUGAUUCUUGAGGAAGAUCCAGAAACAGUAGAAGAUGAUCUCUUUGAUGCGCGAUGGUGUCUUGUGGGCAAACUACUGGGAGGCAGAGUUGCAGAUUUUGAUGCACUCAAGAACGUCCUGGCUUCACUGUGGCGGCCUGUGAAGGGAAUGUUUGUGAAACAACUGGAGCCAAACAGAUUCUUAUUUCAAUUUUGCCAUGAGAUUGACAUCAACAGGGUGCUAGAGGGGUCCCCUUGGACCUUUAAUCGAUCCCCCGUUAUUUUGGAGAGGUUAAAAAUGGGAGAUAACCCUAGAUUGAUUCCACUUAAUACAAUGGAAAUAUGGGUUCAAGUUUACAACCUUAAAGCGGGUUUUAUGUCUGACCGAGUUCUUAAAGCAUGUGGAGGCUUUAUAGGUACAUUUAUCUCAUCUUGUCCUAAGAACUACACUGGUGUUUGGAGGGAAUUUCUGAGGGUGCGGGUCCGAAUUAACAUUGAACAACCCCUAAAAAGGAGAAUGAAGAUACAGAACUCAAAGGGGGAGGCUUUCUGGGCAGAGUUCAAAUAUGAGAGGCUACCCACUUUUUGUUUCAUUUGUGGUAUCCUUGGGCACUCAGAAAAGUUUUGUAUACGGUUGUUUGAAACAGAAACAGAGCACUUACCCAAACCAUAUGGGUUGUUUAUGAGAGCCCCUGACCGACGGCAAGGGAAGCAGAUUGGUGCUCCGUGGCUCCUCGAGAAUAUGGCACGACCAGCCCCAACGCAGCAGGAAGGAAGUACGCCGUUGAUGAACUCAGAUUCUGUCCAAGCUAGAUCUCGAGGUGGCCGUGAUCCUCAGAUACAUGCGACGGAUUUGGUGGGAUCUGGAGUUAUUGCAAGGGCAGGAAAUCAGGAUGAGAGGCGUGGACUCAGUGGGGAAUCAAGUCUCAUGGUUGGCGCCGUUACCAUGGGAGAGAAUCGUGGGAUAGCGAGAUCUAUGGGGAGUAAAGGAGGAAGCAAUCCAGCUGGUGCCACUCUUGAAGAUUCUGAAAUGAAUAUGGGUGUGGAGAGCUUGAACGCACGGGAUGGAGGCUGUCAAAAUAAUGAGAGUUUCUUAUUCCUAGACCCUAAAAGAAGGAGGGUUCAAAUGGGCCAAAGUGAGGAAUUGGAAGUGGGCCGAAACAUGGAUAUGGAUUUGGGCCGAGAAGAUGUGGAGAUGAGGAGAUUCGGGCUGGGCUUUUAUCUCAUAAUGUGA